AUGUGCAAAAUUGCAACCCGCUCCAGUUUGGCGGCAACAAUCGUGCUGACCGCAUCCAUUCUGGCCGAUCUUGUUUUCGCCACUCCUUGGGGCAACUAUUACGAGUACGGUGGACAUCCGUCGGGACCGCAGCUGUAUCAGUACAACCAGCGCAUCGAACAUCACCGGACGGUGCCGGACAGUGUACCGGCAUCGUCCGGCGCGAUCAAUUGCCGCUGCACCAAACUUCGCUACUGCACCAAGAUACUGGAAAUGCUGCGAAAUCCCAAAUCGAGCUACGGUACCUUCAAUGCGAAGCUAAAGGAACUGGCCUGCGGCUAUGGUACCGACAAUGAACCGAACAUUUGCUGCCCGCUGGACGAUAACUGGAUGCGGGAUGUGAUGGACGACGACGGUGGCCAUUCGUCCGAGGAAAAUGAUUCACAUUCUGCGAUCGGGUGGGACGAAGGCUACACGAACCGUAAAUCGGACAGUGGACAUCAGUGGUCGAAGGAACGCUUCAAGUACAUACCCAUGAGCGCGGAAAAGGAUGUGAAGCGGCUGAGCAACACCAGGACCACCAGCUCCACCAACUGGUGGAAGCAAAAGCCCCAGAAGAGCAACACGAUCGCGCAGUUUGAAAAUCCCAAAACGAUGAAGAAUUGCCCGCCGGAGAUCUAUCCGAACGAAGCGGCGUUACGCCCCACGAAGGCGUACGUUGCGCCUAUCAUGAGAACAACCAAGCGCCCUGCUGCAGCACUGGGAAGUAAUCGUUUUGCCGAAACGACCACUACUGUACCCGUGACGACCGAUUUGCCGCUGACUACAACAGAUCUGAUUACAACCGUAUUGCCAACGGUGGUACCGGAUCAACCGAUGAUUAAUGCACCGCUUUGCGGUCUUUCGGUUAACACGCGGAUUAUUGGGGGCGAAACGGAGGUACCUGGUCAAUUUCCCUGGAUGGCACGGUUAGCUUACCGGAAUCGAACUUCCGGACGUGUAACGUAUCGUUGUGCGGGAUCUCUCAUUACCAAUCGGCACGUAAUAACGGUAGCCCACUGUGUCACGAAUCUUAUUGAUGAACUUCAGCUAGUCAGCAUUCGAUUGGGCGAUUUGGAGUGUAAUGCCGUUACGGAUGCGCGCUGCAGUGCCCGGUAUCAGGACUUUGCGAUCGAUCGGAUUCUGCCGCACGAAAACUACGAUACGCCGAAGUACGCGAACGAUAUCGCACUGAUAAAGUUGCGCGAAACGACGGAAACGUACAACAUCAUCAGCCCGCUCUGUCUGCCGACGGAUCAGUACGCACCGUACGCCCUUAAUCUUACCGGCCAGAUGGGCAUCAUUGCUGGCUGGGGUUCGACCAGCAAUCGAAGCAACACACCGAGCCCCACAUUGCAGUGGUUACGGUUGCCGAUAGUGGACACGGUUGGGUGUGCUAGCGCAUACGCCCGGUACAGCGUUAACUCGCGCAAUCCCAUCAUCGUGUCGGACAGCCAGAUGUGUGCCCAGGGCCAGGAGAAUCGAGAUGCCUGCCAGGGUGAUUCCGGCGGACCGCUGAUGAACGAGGCCAUAUCGACACGUGACCGGUUCGUGCUGCUCGGGCUAGUGUCGUUCGGACCACGAACGUGUGGCGUUUCCAACUUUCCGGGCGUGUACACGCGCAUUUCGUCGUACAUUGGUUGGAUAUUGACCAACGUGAUGCGUUAG